UCGAGCAACUGGAAUCGUUGUCACGUGCUGCUGCUGUUACCAUGGAAACAGCGUACCACAAUGUUUGGGCGACGAACAAAGUCUGUCCGCCGGUGAUACAUGAAGAUGGAGACCGUGCUGGACUCAGACAAAAAGGGUGAGGAAAGUCAAGGAGUGGACAAGGAGGAUAAACAGUUGGUUGAGACGCUGAAUGAUCUCCAAGCUCUAGCUGCCGAUGCCAAAACAAGACGGCAGAGGACAGAGGACCCAUCGCAGUGCCCUGACUCCUACAAGCUGAACUCCAGUAGAGAGUCUCAAAUGUUGCAAAUUGCAAACAACUUCCAGCGUCAGUAUCUGCACCUGUAUCCUGACCGCAAACCGCUGCUGCUCUGCCCCACCAAUGAGUGCGGAGUCCAGAAGUUUGUGUCUACGAGCCUGCGGCCCUCAGCGACAGCCCACUCUGAUCUCUACACCUGGCAAGGCUGUGCCUCCUUCGUUGCAGACUUCCUGUCUCUGCAGCCUCUGAAACCUCCCUACAACACGCCCAGCUAUUUGUCAUCUCCCACCUUGGUACUGAAGAACCAGAGAGGAACGUGUUUCGAGUUCUCUACACUGCUGUGCAGCCUGCUGCUCGGUGUUGGCUAUGAUGCCUACUGCGUCUGUGGCUAUGCUGCUAAAGAUAUGUGUCUGUUGGACCAGAGCAUGCAAACCUGCCCCCUGAUGGAGACUGAACAAAAGGUUGUGAUGUCCGAGCAAAACGUUGAGGAAUUAAAAUACGCUGUGAAGCCUCCCAAAGAACUAAAAAGUCACUUUGAGACACAGCAGGAGAAGAAGGAACAGGAGGCGGCCAAGGCAGCUUUCCUGCACCAACAACAGGAGGCCCAGCGGCUUCAGGAGGAAAGUGCUCGGCCCCCUCCUGACACGCUGCAUGGAUUGCGGGUGCAUUGCUGGGUUUUGGUUCUGUCAGACAGUCAGGACAUCUCAACAAACUUCUUUAUCGAUCCGCUGACUGGGAAGAGCUACACCACUACUGACCACCAUUUCCUGGGCGUCGAGAGCAUCUGGAACCAUCACAACUACUGGGUGAACAUGAAGCCCUGCAGCAGUGGCUGUGAGGACAUAGUGUUCGAUCUCGAUGAUUUGGACAUGUGGGAACCAGUCCUGUGGGGUUCUACCAGUCGGAAGCAGCAAAUCCUGAAGAAUUCUGAGAUCUACAGGAUGAGCCACAAUGAGGAGGGGGAGGAGCGGCCUAAACUGUUUCACAUGCCGAGGUCCUGGGUCAGUGAUAUCACGAUCUCAAAGAAAGAUCUCGAGCUCCGCUGGCCAGAAGGACACAAGCUGAUCUGCUACAAAAAAGCAGAACUGGAGAUGUUUGCUCCAUGCGUUAUGGCAGGUGGCCUCAUCAAAAGACUCUCCACCUACAAACACCUUGACUACACUGAGCCGGUUUUGGUGAAGCAGUGGUACGCUAACCGAUCUGACUGCCUACAGUAUAAAGAGAUAGACUUUGCUGACCAGGUCACCACAGAACACUUCAGUCAUGGACACAUUUUCCACCUGAAAAUCCACAGGUACACAAACUCACAAAGCACAGACAGUGAGCGCACGAUGGAGUUCUACAGCCAGUCUCGUAUAGAUGGCCUCGUCCGCAGGGUGGAGUCACCACUGGAAAUGACAGAGACGUUCCAGGACCGUGAUGACUUCCUGCGCUAUAGACAUGUUGUCUUCAGGUGCUGUGUCCAGUUUUUGGAAGACGUCACAUACUAUGUGGACAACCUGACAAUGCAGAAAAUAGUGGAGCGUUUCCAUAGAAAUAGAGCCAAGCCAGCCAAAGAAGAUGUGGCGGAGCGGGUUUUCCUAGUGGCUGAAGGACAAAUUAGUGUGAAAUAUCACCGGGAUGAAAACCAAAUUAUCCCCAUGAGAAGGAAAUUCAUCAAACCGCAAGAGUCAACAGGAAAGCAGAAGGCCCAGGAGUUCACACCAGAGAUGGUGUCGUGUUUCCAGGUAGAUUUGUUUGAAAAGCCAGCUACAUUUCGGACUCUCCAGGAGAUUUUGAUGGGUCUGAUGAACAGUGAGAGGCAGGUGGUGCAGCACAUCAAAGAUUCUAAACAAGAGGUGAAAGAUAUUCUUGCCUGGAGAGAGAAAGAGGACAGAAAUGUGAUGCUUCAGAUCUUCCCGUGGAACCUUGCAGGAUCUGAGAGAGUUGACCAGUGCAAGGAGGGCAUUGAGAGUCUAGCUUCAGAGGAACAGCAGCACCCACAGGAGCUAGACGCUCUGGCUCCGUUCAUGAUCGGACGGAAUAGUUCAGCGAUGCUGGAAAGAAGCACUGCUCUGGAUGUUAUAAAACACUGCCUUUCCAGUUUCGAAGAUAGAAUGGUGAACAUGGCCAUCAUCAUCCAGGAACGCUACCAAAAGGUGACAAAGGAGCUGCAGGACAAACACCAGUGGUACCAACAGAACCAGAUGGACCUGAGUAAAGAACAGGAGGACCAGUACCUGGAGUUCUGCCGCAAUAGAAACCUCCAGCUCAGUGUGACUAUGAAACGUAUUGAUGAACAUAAGCACAGGGCACCUCAGAGGUAUCAGGCUUUUGUGGAGAAACUGAAACAAGAUCAUCGACUGGCUUCCCUCCAGGAUGAAGACUUCCCGAACGAGAUGACAACUUUUUCUGCAGCCUUUAACAUUGUGGAAAGUUUAUAAGGCACUAUGAAUAACACAUUUCGCUGACUCACUCUUGCAGUUGUGAUGUAAGAGUUGCAUUUAGCUCCACAACAGCAUUAGUUCUAUGCAAAUGAAUUUAACUGCCAGACCUUCGUUCAACUGCAGCAUAAUGUUGGAAUCAUCAACAC